CGUUUAUGGGAUUAUCCACGCCGGCUGUGUUAUCCAGAAACAAGCGUCUUGGCAGGGGUCAGUCGCGAGUUCAGAAGCGAGAACAAUGGCGUCUUCAGUCUGCAACUAUCAAUCUCUUCUUCUUCCCAAGAAUGUGAAGCUCUCGUCUUCAUCGUCUCUGAACUUAUCUUCAGUUCCCAACAUUUCGCUCCAAUUCCUUCCCACAAAAAAAUGCCCAUUCCUUUCUUCUACUCCGAGGGCUCUCACUGUCAUCUCUAUGGCCCCACCUAAGCCCGGUGGUAAAUCCAAGAAAGUGACUGGAAUGAUUAAGCUGGCUCUGGAGGCGGGGAAGGCCACUCCGGCACCGCCCGUCGGGCCAGCGCUGGGUUCCAAGGGUGUGAAUAUCAUGGCUUUCUGUAAGGAUUACAAUGCUAGGACCGCCGACAAGGCUGGCUAUGUUAUUCCUGUUGAAAUUACGGUCUACGAUGAUAAGAGCUUCACUUUUGUUUUGAAGACCCCGCCUGCUUCAGUUUUGCUCCUUAAGGCUGCAGGAGCGGAGAAAGGCGCAAAAGACCCAAAGCAAGAGAAGGUGGGGAAGAUCACAAUUGAGCAAUUGCGAACCAUUGCAACUGAAAAGCUGCCAGACUUGAACUGCACUAGUAUUGAAUCAGCCAUGAGAAUUAUUGCUGGCACUGCUGCUAACAUGGGCAUUGAAGUUGAUCCUCCUGUUCUUGAACCCAAAAAGAAGGUCAUUUUAUAGUCCUUUUGUCUCUGUUUCCAUUGAAUUUAUUACAAUUCUGUUUCAGUUCAUCCAUGUGUAAGAAAAGUAACAGCACUCCUGAUGUAAUAUUCUGUACCUCCAAUUUUGGUCAUCUUGGUAUAAAUUAGUUUCUGCUUUUGGACUGGAGCUCCAUUGGAGAAGCGUAAUUAUCCAAGAGUGGUGAUCAGAAAGCUUAGUUGAGAAAUGAGAAGUCUUUAUUCCAACCAA